CUUAUAUGUGCCUAAAACCCUAGUCGAUAAGCGAGAGUCGUGUUUCCUUGAAGAAUGAAUUCGUGUGAUAUUGUUCCGAUGGAAGCAGAGCUAAGUCCAGGAGCCAUCGAAGAGUGGCUUUCGACGGUAAAGCAUGGAAAGAUGACGGAGAACGGAAAACGACGAUCGGAUUUGUCCAUCAAGGUGAAGAGACAUCUCUCGGCUCUUGGUUGGGUAAUCUCUUACUAUAACAAAAGGAACAAGAAAGAGCAGCGUUAUAAGUCUCCCAAGGGAAAGUGGUUCUACUCUUUAGCUAAGGCUUGUAUGAGUUGUGUCGACCAAGACUCUCAACAGCAACUACAAAUUGUUCCCAAAUAUGACUUGUCUUGCCUUCCAAGCAAUAUUGCCUCAGAGUCUAGUUCUGAUGUUUCGAAUCAAAAACAGAAGAAAAGUAAGAAAAGGGGUAGGGUCGAGGAUUUGGAUGUCAAAAGCACAGCUCCGGAAAAAGAUAAUCAUCCGUCUGCUGAUUUGAUCAAAAUCGUUCCAAAUUUUGAUGUAGCAAAACAACAACAACAGAAGAAGAUAAUAAUGAAUAGAGAGGGUUCUGAUACGGCUGUGUUUAAUGGGGACCAAGAGAAGAUCAGAAUCGGUCUCAAUGUUGAUGUAAUACAUGAGCAACAGAAGAAGAGAAGGAAGAUGGCGAGUGAAGAGAUAAGGAGGCCGAAGAUGGUGAAAUCUCUGAAGAAGGUAUUACAAGUGAUGGAAAAGAAGCAGCAGAAGAACAAGCAUGAAAAAGAGUCUCUAAGAUUCUGUAGAAAAGAUUGUAGUCCGGACAUGAACUGUGAUGUGUGUUGUGUUUGUCACUGGGGUGGAGAUUUGCUUCUUUGUGAUGGUUGUCCUUCAGCGUUUCACCAUGCUUGCCUCGGUUUGUCUAGUCUUCCCGAGGAAGACCUCUGGUUCUGUCCUUGUUGCUGCUGCGAUAUCUGUGGAUCAAUGGAAUCACCCGCGAACAGCAAGUUGAUGGCUUGUGAGCAGUGCCAGAGAAGGUUCCAUCUCACGUGUUUGAAAGAAGACUCUUGCAUUGUUUCGAGUAGAGGCUGGUUCUGUAGUAGUCAAUGCAACAGAGUCUUUUCCGCGCUUGAGAAUCUCCUAGGAAGUAAAAUUGCAGUAGGCAACGACGGUGAUUUGGUCUGGACAUUGAUGAGAGCUCCGAACGAAGGUGAACACUAUGAUGAUGAACAAAUCUCCAAGCUAGAAUCUGCUGUCGAGAUACUUCACCAAGGGUUUGAGCCUACCAAUGAUGUUUUCUCUGGGAGAGACCUUGUUGAGGAACUGAUAUACAGGAAAGACAGAACUGGAGUGGGCCGCGGGUUUUACACAGUCUUGAUCGAGAGAAAGAACGAGCCUAUCACGGUGGCAGCAGUGAGAGUUGACAAAGAUGUAGUCGAGAUCCCUUUGGUGGCGACAUUGUCUAGUUACAGAAGAAGUGGGAUGUGCAGAGUGCUGAUGGAUGAGUUGGAGAAGCAAAUGUCUCAGAUGGGAGUUUGUAGACUGGUCUUACCGGCUGCAAAAGAGGUUGUGACCACUUGGACUGAGCGGUUUGGGUUCUCUGUAAUGAACAGUUCGGAGCGGCUGGAGCUUGUGAAACAUGGAAUGCUUGAUUUUGUUGGUACCAUCAUGUGCCAUAAGUUUCUUCAGAAGGAAAGAGCAGAAAAUGAUUCUGCAGAAGAGUCAAGUCUCACAGAAUAACAAGUCUCCUGGUUUUUGUCAUGUAAUAUUG